GUAGCACCUCCACCAACCCGGCCCGUCCCUUCUCACUAUCGCUCACCGCUGCUGAAGCUUCCUGUAAGACCUGUGAGCUGUGGUUUCAAGUGGAAAAUGUCACUGGGCACUUAGAAGAAAACAGAAAAGGGGCGAGAAAGACAAGAGAGAGAGAGAGAGAGAGAGAGAGAGCUGAUGUGACAGUCAGUUUGCUCUACUAGAGAGAAAGAGGUGCAGAGAGAGAAAUGAGAGAAAUCUAAUCAUCUGGCCAGAGGAGGACUACGCGAGGAUGUCAUUCCUCUUGCCGACCACCUGCUAUCAGGAUACAUAAGUCAUGUCGCUGGCUGUGGAGACGCUGUGGGCCCUGUGGAUGUCGCUGGUUCUGAUUCCAGCUCAUUCUCACAAAGCCUCACCCGGACUCGUCUGCACAAAUAACUUUGUUAACAACGUCAGCUGCAGUUGGACCGGAGCUGGGCUUGGUUCUGCGGAGGACUGUUCGAUUUAUGGAGAGCAUACUGUUUGGAUUAAUAGACAACCGCUCUUAACCCUUCAAAGCUGCAAACUGAAACAACAUGGAAAUUCUUCUCUGGGCUGCAGCUUUGUCUUUGGAAAAACAGAGUUCUCUGGUUAUGACGUGAUGCCAAACAUCUAUUUGAAGUGUAACGGGACACUGGUGGAGAAGAUCACAGGCUACAAGCCAGGGGAACACAUUAAAAUGCAUCCUCCAGGAGCUCCCCAGGUCAACAUCACUGCCAAUUUCACCUUGAUAUCAUGGAGCCUGGGGAAUCCUGUCUCAAAGUAUUUCACCUCUGGCUUCGACUUCCAGCUUCAGAUUAAACAGAGACAACAGCAAUGGAGGGACUCCAGAAAUGUUUCCACGAGGGAGCGAGAGCUGAGGUUUGAGGUGGGGAAACUAAAGAGCGGCUUGGAAGUCAGAGUCAGAGUCAAUCCGGUUGGGAGACCCGGCAGCCACUGGAGCGACUGGAGCCCGACAACAUCCUGGGAGGAUUUGAAAGAUGAGAAAAGUCAUUCAUACUCACCAUCGGAUCAGAACACAGUGAGGUGGAGCUUAUUGGCCCUCGGCUUGUUUCUCGCCACCGUCAUCAUUGUGUUGGCCCGCUACAAGACCCGGGGGCUGCUCAAAGGGAAGCCUCUACCAAAUCCCUCGGAGUACUUCCAAUCUCUCCACACUGUCCACCAGGGAAAUCUGAAAGAAUGGCUUAAUCCCUUUUCAGGGACCCAGUCGUUCUUCGUCACCCCUUCGUGCGACCGAAUCUCCCAUGUUGUGGUGUGUGAGGACUGGAACGAGGAGGCAUCCUCCCCGUCUCCAACUUCCAUCACCACAAGCCCCCUUCUUCACUUCCACAGAUACCCCACUUCUUGCUCAAACAACAACGGCCUCAUCUACAACUCGUCGUCCCUGUCAAGCUUCUCAAACGUGGGCUACUUCAUGUCCAGCUCCUCCGGCGGCGGCUCGGCUCGGACCGACUCCAACCCGGCUUACUUCGCCUAUCAAGACAAUUUCCAGGACCCUCCCCACAUCCAUGGCCUGCACUUCCGCCUGUGUGAUUCCCUCGCUUCGUAUCCCGAAUAUGAGAGCUUGAAAAGGGAGCCGGAGAGCCCCGACUCUGGUUUUGGCAUUAUGAAGGAAGAUGAAAUGAAAGAGACACAGAGAGCGAUUAGCAGGGAAGGGGAGGAAGUUCUGAUUGACCAGAGUUCCCCUCUUCUCUUCCUUCCUCUCCACCUUCCCUAUCGCCCUCCCUCCUCUCCAUCAGCUCAUCCUUCCACGUUGACACAGCCGUCUGAAAGCCAGCAGAUGGACGCUGCUGAGACAGACACAGGCAGUAGCUCAGCUGCUCAGCCUGUUGCUGGCGCCAUGUACAGAUCCUCCUCUAUGCCCGUGGAACCCUUCAGAACCGGCUAUCUGACGCUUAAAGAGCUGCAAAUGACAUUCAGUAACAAAUCCAUCUAAAAGCUGACCUUAGAAACUUGACUCAUCAUUAGGAGGAAUUCAAGAAGUGUUUCUAAGGAGAGAAAACAGAAAAAAUGCCAAAUUUGUCACAAAAAUUCAAAGAUAGACGCAAAGUAGUCUAUCUACUGUCUACUACUUGAGGACAGUAAAGUGUACCUUGGUAAAAUUUUUGAAGUCAUCUGGCUGAGAGUGGUUUGGAGAAGAAUAAGAAAGGAAGAAGUUUGUGUGGUUUAUCUCAGAUCUCUUAAUCACAGAAAACAUAACUGACAUAAACUUACUUGGGAUGUUUGAUCUCAUGGUGUCAAGAAAGCCACCCCCCAAUACUGCAACCAUUUUGCAUCCCCAGUUUUUACAAAUCUCAGCCUAUUUUUGUGUACUUGGCUUGCAAAAUUGUACUAUAGGUUGUGCAUGUCAUUUAUAUGAUCUAACACGUGUGGGUUUUCCCUAACAAUCUGAGUUUAGCAUUGGCUGCUGCAUCUCCCCAUUCUGUCUGUGUCACAUCGCCGGCUCUGGUAAGCAAAUCCCUAGGUUUAUGAAGUAGAAGAAUGACUUUGUCUAAGAGCUUUGUCUACACAUGACUAACUAGGACGGUGACCACAAGUCAUCAAAACAUAGAGCAAACAUUGCUAAUAUUAGCCUAGCACUACAGCUGACUUUCCUGGAUAAAAAUAAGGUCAUCAGCAGCCAGAUGUAAGUUUAUUGAAGACUAACGGUGUGUUGAGUCACAUACAGCUACAGAAAUAAACAAUAAAAAGAU